AGGGUGAUUCCCACACACACACACACACACACACACACACUCCUGCAGGCUGUCACUUCCUGGAUACACCGUGUGUCCAGGCUGCUGCUGCUGUGGAAACUUUUUCACAAGUGUUUUGUUGCUGUUGGAGGAAGAGGAGGAGGAAGAGGAGGAGGAGGAAGAAGAGGGGGGAGCUCCGUCAGCCUACAGCCGCUCAGCUGCUCUCACAGUCGGAUCGGAUCAGUCCGGGACCUGAGCUCCGGGAUGGCGGCCGUGAAGGCGCUGCAGCAGUGGUGCCGGCUCCGGUGUGAGGGAUACCGGGACGUGUCCAUCACCAACAUGACCACGUCCUUCAGGGACGGCAUGGCGUUCUGCGCCCUCAUACACAAACACAGACCCGAUCUGAUCGACUUCGACUCACUGAAGAAGGAAAAUGUUUACGACAACAACAAACUGGCCUUCAAGGUUGCAGAGGAGGAGUUGGGAAUUCCAGCUCUGCUGGAUGCAGAAGACAUGGUGGCUCUUAGGAUUCCUGACCGCCUCAGUAUCCUGACGUAUGUCUCGCAGUAUUACAACUACUUCCACGGACGCAACCCGAUUGGUGGUAUGGCAGGUAUAAAGCGCCCGGCUGAAGAGCCGACAGGGGAACCGUCCGGGAAGAAGAACCAGCCGGUGACGGCCAAAGUGUUCCCCUCGUCCAAACCUGCCAGAGAGAACAGCCCUCCCCCCUCCUCCAACAUCACCAGGCCCGCUCCUUCCCCAAAACAAAGCAGAAAUGUCAAGCAGGACGUUCUGGUUGAGAAGUCCAAUCAGACGGGCACCUUAAGUAGCAAAUGUGCGUCCUGCAACAAGCACGUUCACCUGGUGCAGCGACACCUGCUGGACGGGAAGCUCUAUCACAGGAGCUGCGCCAAGUUGCUGUCGCCUACAAACACAUCUGCACCUUUCAGAGAUUUACCCACAAACACCCCAGCUCCCAAAUUCACUCCUGCACCAGACGCCACAAAAACCAACACAGGUACUUCCACCAAUACUCCCUCCAGACUGGGACCCACGUGGCUUACGGAGAAACCCAGCACCACCCCGAGCUUCUCCAGCACCUUUUCUACUCCGUCUCCCUCCCGGCCUGCUUCCAGUCUCUUUUCUGCUGCUAAAGACACUCAGACAUCUUUGGUCUCUAAACCGACACCUUCACGGACCGCAGCUGAGUCCACCUUCACCACCACCACUACUGUCACGCCCAGGCCCACCCCUGCUCCUCGCACCUCCACCACAGCGGCGAAGACUCUGCAGUCCAAGCUCAAUUUCUUCCAAUCGGACAACACCGCCAACAAUGAAGAGAAAAAGACCACAACGGCCAGCAUCGACAUAAAUAAAGGGUCGAACGUGAGCGGCAAAGUCCAGCAGGCCACAGCAGGUCAGGCUGUGACUGUGCUGGUGAACGUUGGCGGCAGAAAGGAAACAAGUGUGAGCUCGAACACCGGCGGUGCAGGCGGAGAUCCAGGAAAGGUGGGCGACGGCGGCAAGUCGAAAGCAUCAGCAGCAGCCUUCAUCUCCAAGAAGCUGACGGAGGAGAACAACAACAACAGCAGUAAACCAUCGUGGACAAAUGUGGUGCUGAAGAAAACUGACAAACCUUCAGUGGUCGAGACCCCAAAGAGGGAGCCGGAGGCAGUCAGAGGGAGAGUGAAGCUGAGAGUCGACUCGUCGCUCCUCGCCGACCUGCACACUCCCGACACCAGGACAUCCUCUCUGAGCCCGGCCAGCGGGAGUGGACCGAGAGCCAGAACCCCAGAGAGAGGAGCCUCGAAGCCCGGCGCCGCAUCACCCAGCACCACAGCAGCAUCAGAAAAGGAGUCUCCUGCAGACUGGAGGUUGAAACUCAAGCCUGUCUCCAAAGACGCCAAACCGGCUGCUCCUGCACUGUCCUCUCCUAAACCCUGGGCUAACGGAGCUGGAAAGUCACAGACCUCAGAGCUGUCUGUGGGACCUUCUCCCUCCCCGGGUCUCCACAGCUCCAGCAUUUCUGUCACUCCACCAGCACCAAAGGGAUUCCUGAAUGGUCAGGGAGACUCAACAGAAUCAAAAGUUUCCAAGACUAAACCAGACUACAUUCACAAAGACGAUAUCAUGAAGGAGCUGCAGGACAUCGAAGACAAUCUGAACGAGCUGGAGAAGAGAGGAGUGGAGCUGGAGAUGAGGCUCCGCGGCUGCGAGGAAGAGGGUGAAGAUGACUCUCUCAUGGACGAGCUCAUGGUCGAGUGGUUCAGCUUGAUCAGGAACAAGCAGGUGGCCAUGCGCCGGGAGUCUGAACUGGUCUACAUUGGGAGGACCCAGGACCUGGAGGAACAGCAGCCCAGUGUGGAGCAGGAGCUCAGGAGACUGAUGGACAAACCAGAUCAUCUGAAAACAAGCCGGGACCGCAAGAGAGAAGAGGAGCUGAUGGCCAAACUGGUGGAGAUCGUCAAUGACAGGAACGCCAUCGUGGAGGGUCUGGACGAGGACAGACUCAGGGAGGAAGAGGAGGACGAGGAGCUAAACAAGAUGAUGAAGACUUUCAACAUAAAGAAAGACAAACCGAAGAAAAAGUCUCCGAUGUCCAAACUGUUCGGCUGGGGGAACAAGAAGGAGGGAUGAUGCUCGCGGAAACACAGCGCCGUCGCUCGCUUUGAUGAUUUCUGCUGCUCUUGCUGUAGUCUUAAUGUCAGUGUACUCAGCCUGUGAUUCAUGGGAUAACAUGGAUGUGUGCGUGUGUAUGUGUGUGUUUGUGUGUAUACAAUAUGUGUGAGUGAGUGUGUGAGCUGUCAUUUUGAGCGCUUAUAGAAAAAUGCCCUUCCCUCUGUCGACUGCAUCACUCAAGAUCUGACGUUACCCCUGCCUGCCAGUGAGACACACACACACACACACACACACACACACACACACACACACACACACACACGAUGCUGCUGAGGGGUUAAUGACUCACCAGCCGUGAUGUGAUUGGGUUCAGUGCUCCAGUUGUUAGUUUUAAUACCCUUCUAGUCUUAAUCUGUCUACUUAAUGCUGUCAAACACACACACACACACACACACACACUUCCUCUCCUUAUACACAGCGAUGCUAAGAUGCUAAUACGAGUUAAAGUUCACAGGUCAGACAGCGGUUUUCUGCUCUGUGCUGUGUUGAGGUGCAGUCUACAUGCUGCUGGUGACUCUGAGGGUCCCUCUCUGACCCGGCUGUCGUGGAUUACAUGUUGAAUGAGUUUCUCUUUUAGUCUUAAAGGUCUCUCUCUGUAGUUUUCUGUCAAACACGGGCCUCAUUUUUCUCAGACAACGGCAAGUUUACUGAGAGCGCUGCCCUUCGAUAAGGUGACAUGUACUGUUUUUGUUUUUUUUUAAACACUUUUUAGACCAGUGGCUUCAAACCUGCAGUUCAUGAGCAUUUCCUCUUGUGUCUCAAUUUCUUUGCUCCUCAUGAAUUACGGGAUAAUUUAAUAUCUUCAGGGCCUCAAAUUAAGAGUCUGAGAGGGAAUAAUCCCUCCUAAGCCGAACUUGUCACAGCCUGCAGGUAAAUACAACCUGCGAUGAGUGUCGUAAGUACUGUAGGCGAAGCUUUGUAGCAAGAGUGCUGUGAGUCGAGCAAGAUUUGGGAAACACAGUUCUAGACACACACUCGUGUGUGUUUAGAGCAUCUUAGACCGUUGCGAACAGCAGAGUACUCUCAAAUGUUCACUAAUUAAUAAUUUAGAGCUUUGAACAGCACAUUGAGGUCAUUCAGAGAAGAUGAUCCUUUAGUGAAAAGCUCCAAAUCAUUAGUAAGUUGUUUUUAACAUUAGACACUCAUGAAUUGAUGCAUAUUCGAUGCUCCAACAUCAUUGGAAGAAUCUUUUUGUUUUUCUUUUUUGCUGCAUUUGUCCAUUGACUAGAGGAAAAGGAUGAAUCUUGUUGGUGUCUUCGGCUGGUCCAUAUUGGAUCUGUAUUCCUACAUUAUGUUUUAAAUGCUUCCUGUUUAACUUGUGAGGCACCAGUCUAUUAUUUUAAGUCAUUUUUCACAGGCACUGAAGCAAACUUUAAAAUAUCUUGUGUUGGGACCAAACUGCUUAAUGUCAUUGCAACCAGAUUGUUACCACACAUAAUUUAACAUUGUAUAUAUGUUAAUGUGAUUGUCCCCUUUGUUCCCUGAUAUCUCAGCUGUAUAUAUUGUAUAAAGUUUACAACAGUGUGAUUAUUAAAUGGAGAAAUAGGACUGGAUUUUAACCAAAUGACUAAUAAAUGUACUCAAAUGUUAAGAAGUUGACAUCCUUAAUUGCUCAUGGUGCUCUGGACAGUCUCUCAGGAGCAGAGUUAGUGCUUCUUCCAGAAACUUAAAUGAAAUAAACUUGUAUUGUGAUGGUUUUUA